AUGGGAGUCAAGAAAAGGCCCCUCUCAGGUGGAAGUGGGUCGAGAGUAAGAGCCAAACGAGCAGACAAUUACGACGCAUGCUCUCUUCUGAGCACAUACAAGUUCAUGAGUCGCAAAAACACUAGUGUUGAUAAAGUUAUCCGGAAGAGUGUAGUUUUGGUAUCAUUGACAAAUGAAGACGUUCAAUUCAUCCAGAAUUCACAGCUCACUCAAGAGCUCAAAAGCAAGAAUUUGGAUUUCGUGCUGCAGGAAGAUGGUCUUUCUUAUCUCUGCGCCUGGAAUUUCCGUGCAUUAGAACUAGCAUUGAUCUUGGGAUUCGUGUUUGGUAACAAGGGCAAACAAUGGCUGGGGAAGACCACAAAAGACCCCUGGUAUGUGCCGCGUGAGAUCCCUUUGAGAGGCAGCUUUUACGUACACAAGUCCUGCAAGCUUCACAGCGGCUACGACAAAGCUCAAGUCGGAAUAACUGUAUCAAAGUUCAUCGAUCUCGCUGACUUUACAGAAGUUUCGGUAAACACAUAUGGGCUUACUAGCAUGGUAGAGGCAAUUAGCAGCUUUUCGAGUAGUAUCAACUUUCGGAAACCCCAUCACAUUGUCAAGGAAGAGUUCUCAAACAGUCUGAAAGCAUUGAAAUUGAAGAACAAGAUUGCAAUGACUACGCUACCGUUUUUAGACAAAGACAUCUUAACAAAUGCCGAGGAGCUCUCAACUGGCAAUGCUGUAAUAUUAGAAAAGAGUAAAGCUUCACUCACCAACUUUGUUGAAUCCUUAAUUAAUCAUAAUGAAAUUGUGCCGAGCACAGAAAAGGAAACGACGGAUGGCUUCCAACAAGUCGCACAAGAACCUGAGAUACCUAGAAGAACAACUGGAAACACAUCGCGAUAUAGCGGUAACACUUCCAGCGUUCCCAGCCAGACAUCUACCAGAGAGAAUACCAACCGCAACACCAAUGGGAGAACACUUGACACUCAGUCUCGUGGCAUGAAUGCCAAUUAUCUUACUCAAGAUCAGAUCAGAGACUACUGUGUGGCAAGUGUGAGGGCGUCUAUAGAGGCUGUGAAGGCUAAAUCCCCGUAUCAGAUUUUAAAAACUUACAUUAAGUGCCCGCGCCAGCACUACGUUGACCUGGUUUACGACAAUUUAAACCGUUUGAGGUCUGAGACAAACUGCAAUAUUGUAGUAAUGAACUUGAACAAUGUUCACGAAUCUGCGUCGUGGUUUGAUUCACUGGAUGUGGCGAAGCACACAAAAGGCACUGCAAUCAUAUCAGUACCUCACCCGAGUACCGUUAGAGCUGUGAGCAUUGGUGGUAUUGGAGAGCACAAUGUGAAGGCACUACAAUUGCUUCUAGAAUUGCUGGAAACCAAUGCAUGA